AGAAGACUGAGAGCCGACAGAACUGGCUUAGAAAUACAUAUUUUUCUUCGGAUAAUUUGGCUGCACCGCUGCUUGAGGUGAAGCUGGCGGCGGCGGCACCACCAGUCUGCGCCAGCAAGCGCCCACCUGGAUCUGGAGCACAGAAUAAAGGACCGAGUCUGCUAGAUCUGAGCGAGGUUAAGGGGUCUGCCAUGUCCCUGCCACGAACCCUUGGUGAACUCCAGCUAUACCGUGUUCUACAGCGAGCCAACCUGCUGGCCUAUUACGACACCUUCAUCCAGCAGGGCGGCGACGACGUGCAGCAGCUGUGUGAGGCGGGCGAGGAGGAGUUCUUGGAGAUCAUGGCGCUUGUUGGCAUGGCAACCAAGCCCCUGCACGUCCGCCGGCUCCAGAAAGCCCUGCGCGAGUGGGCGACCAACCCCAGCCUUUUCAACCAAACCCUGAGCAACGUCCCCGUCAACAGCAUCCCUCUCUUCAAAAUCUCCGACACCACCGGGGGGCGCAAAUCUCUGAGUAACGGGCAUGCGUCGAACUCCCCUGGAGAGCAGGAGAGGUCUGGCCUCACUCCCCAGCGUAGCUCGAGCCCAAAGAGCCCAUCCUCCCAGAGCUCAGAGCUCUCCCGGGACAAACUGCAGCUCUCUCCGUUCGGCCGUCACACCCCAGAGCCUGAUGGGAACAGCCAGGAUGAAGAGCAGCCAAGCCCGCCGCCCACCCCCCCUACCACCUCCUCUCCAGUCCCAGGCGGGCGGCUGGAGCCUGAAGCUGCCCGUGCCGUGACUGAAAGCGUGGAUCGGCUCAUGAAGACCAUGCCCUGCGCCGAACCCAGCGAGGUCAAAGCCCUGCUGAAGCUCAACAAGAAGCUGGCGAAGACGGUGGGGCACAUCUUCAACAUGGAGAAUGGCGACCCGGCUAAAGAGGAGGAGAUCCGGAAAUACAGCCUGAUCUACGGGCGUUUCGACUCCAAGAGGAGGGAGGGCAAGCAGCUCAGCGCCCACGAGCUGACAAUCAACGAAGCAGCCGCGCAGUUCUGUAUCCGUGACAACGCUCUUCUGCUGCGCAGAGUGGAGCUGUUCUCAUUGGCCAGGCAGGUGGCUCGGGAGUGUGCCUACACCUCCACGCUGAAGGGUUCCAGAUUGAAUCCUGAUGAUAUCAAUGGGCCGGCUCUUAAAAAAAUAAAACAAGAGGUGACUGUAUCGGAAUGCGUCUCCUCCUCGCAUGAUCUCGUGGGUGGCCAGCAGGGAGCGCCGGAGAGCUCCGCCCCAGGGUUCCACCACGCCACUGACGAGGACAGUCUGUCUGGGGAGAGUCUUGACGGUCACACACAGGGUUUGGGGUCCCGCUCCAGUCUUUCCUUGUCCCCCUGCCCCCCCACUGACCCCACACCGACCCCCACCUGGAGCCGGCACCUCAUGCAGCAGACCUUGAUGGACGAGGGCCUCCGAUUGGCCCGGCUAGUGUCACAUGAUCGCGUUGGCAAGCUCUGUCUGCGCGCAACGGGGAGCGUCCAACCGACAGAAUGUGAAGAGAAAGUAACAGACAGUUCUCGUCCGAGCAGGCGAAGCAGCAGCUGCAGCAGCAGAGAGGAGCAGGAGAGCGGCUGCAAAUGAGAACGUCGUCCCCUUCAAAUGAGAACCUUCUACCCUUCACAUGAGAACAUCGUCCCCUUCAAAUACGAACCUUCUGCUCUUCACAUGAGAACCUUCUACCCUUCACAUGAGAACCUUCUACGCUUCACAUGAGAACCUUCUACUCUUCAAAUAAGAACCUUAUACCCUUCAAAUAUGAACCUUCUGCUCUUCACAUGAGAACCUUCUACCCUUCAAAUACGAACCUUCUACUCUUCACAUGAGAACCUUC